CUUGUUAUCACAUGAUCGUAGCCGUAUGCGGGCUGAUCGAUGAUCCCAGCUAGCAUGGCGAGCUUACCGUCUUGCUCUUCCCGUUGCCGGCGGUAAACUAAUACUACGUAGGACUAGUACCUUGGUUCCUAGUGCCUCCUGCAGUAGCACCUCACAGGUGCUUAGUGCCAGUCUCCUGAAUUCUCAAUGUUGCCUCUCACGGUGGACAAACAUCCAAGCAUCAUCACGAUGAUGACGCAUGAUGACUGGAUGCCCCAAGUUGGGCCGCGGAAGUACUUCCUCGAACCCCUGCGCCCAAAGAUCACCAGCCACCAUAGAACCAUGGACUUUGCUGACGGCCAAGAAGAAUCGGCGUUGGUCACGGUGGAGAAGGAUCCUGGAGAUACCGGAGACAACGACAACCAGGAAAGAAAAGCCCACCACGCAGGUGAUGGUGGGUUCUGGCGGCAACGGAAAGACGCGGACGCCAAUGCACGGGGCCGCUGAGGGUCGAAAAAAACGUGGCAAGGGAGACUAAUGGACGAAGGAGAGAAAAGG